AUGGUUGUUGCAGACGCAAGACAACCCAUUCUGUCGGUCUCGCCAUUUACGAACAUCGCCCUUCUUCAUCAGGAUAAAGGAGCAUCGGACACUGCCUUGGAUAACAAAAACUCAAAGUCAAUUAAAACGAAUACAUCAUCAACAACAACAGCAACAGCAACAGAUUCUGUAGCCUCGACAAUUACUCCCAGAACUACGUCAAUCUCUACAAUGACUACAACAACUACAACAACUACAACGACUAAUACAACAGCAGCAGCAGUAGCAACAGCAACAGUAACAGCAACAGCAAAUUCAAAAUCAUUGUCCUUCGGGAGUGAAAAACGACGUGCGAUCCAUCAAAAUGCUAAAAAGAAUCAACGUCGGAUUAUCGAAGGGAAUGGUGGCAAGAGUGCAUUGUCAUUCAUGUAUAAGCAUCAGCUCGAUGUACCUGCAAUUUUUAUCUCGACAGUGCUAAUGAGCCACUUUGGUUUCAGGAUGCCCUAUGCAGAGACAUUUCUUUAUCUUCAGAACAAGGACCCCAUCAAUGGACUCUACUCCAAAGCAUGGACAGAUUUCAACUUCAUCUUCUUCUGGAUCGUAGUGUUCACACUCAUGAGGGCUUUUGUAAUGACCUACAUCUUAAAGCCUAUUGCAGUCCGAUGCAAGAUCAAGAGGGAACAUCAACGUACUCGUUUCCAGGAAGAGGGCUGGGUUUGUCUUUAUUACACCGCUAGCUGGACCCUUGGCAUGUAUGUCCUCCGCAACUCCCCUGUCUGGAACAGCUGGUACUUUUGGUUCAAACCCGAGGCCUUCUUUCAGGGUUACCCACACACACAACUACCCCAUAUCACAAUCUGGUACUACUAUGUCCAGUUAGCAUUCUGGCUGCAGCAAGUCUUUGUGCUGCACAUCGAAGUUCCCAGGAAGGACUUUUGGGCAUUAAUGACCCACCAUACUGUGACCUUGCUCUUGAUCAGUGGUAGUGCUCUCUCCAACUUUUGGCUCGCUGGAAACGCUGUCUUUGUCGUCAUGGAUCUUGCGGACAUUAUCCUUGCUUUUUCUAAAUCAAUGAAAUACUUGGGAGUGCCCAACAGGAUUUGUGAUGGAUUUUUUGCAUGCUUCAUGGUAGCAUGGUUGUAUACCCGACACUUCAUGUAUGCAUACAUCUUGCAUGCAUUCAUGUUCACAGCGUACGAGAUGAUUCCAUUCGAGCUCGAUAUCUCCCAAGGAAAAUGGUAUUGCCGCGAACUGGCAUGGUUACCUGUCUUGGGGCUGGCCUUGCUCCAGAUCUUGAUGGUGUAUUGGUUUGCACUCAUUCUCCGGAUAUUGUUCAAGAUCCUCAAGGGCCAUAAUGCAGAGGAUGAUCGUAGUGAAGAUGAACAGUAA